UCUCUUACACGUCGCCUGCAGUCGGUGUGGACUGCAAGGUUUUAAAGGAAAUAGAAGCGGACUGAUACUGGUCUUUUUUUGCCCACUGGAGUCAUAUAAAACCACCUUAAAAAGUGUCCGUUUAAAAUCUCCUCAAAUAGCCAUGGCAUUGCCGCAAUGGGAGAGAAAGGCGCGCAUAUUUCUGUGCGUUUUCGGUUUGUUUUUGUCUGUUUAUGCGCUUCACGUCGAGCUGUCCCGAGAGAACAACCCUGAUUACAGAGCGAUGUGCGACCUGGGGGAGUCUGUGAGCUGCUCCAAAGUGUUUACCUCCAGAUGGGGACGUGGUUUUGGCUUGGUCCAGUUUUUUGCUCCCAAAGAUAGCCCUCUGAACCAGCCCAACAGCGUGCUUGGCAUCAUAUUUUACACUCUGCAGAUGGGCCUUGGACUGUCUCUGUCCAAAAAAGCUGCAAUGUUUUUGGUCUUCUCCUCCUGGGUGUCUGUGGCCGGUUCACUCUACCUCGCAUUUAUUCUCGCCUUUGUUCUGGGGGAUUUUUGCAUGGUCUGUGUGUCAACAUACAUUAUCAACUUUGUGUUGCUCUUCACCAACCUGACACGGAGGAGAGCAAUUGAAGGAAUGAAGCAAAAGACUGGAUAGAAAGUGUCUGAAAUUCAACACCUUCAUUUUUGUUGUCUGCUGAGCUGAAGUCGCUGCUGGAUCUGAAAAGUAACUUCUCUCCCACAGUACUUUUGCAUUGUUUACACCUGUUAAGACUUUUCAGAGAAACAGGACUAAGAAAUGAAUCUCAGAAGAUCUAUAAGAUGAUUUAUAAGUGCAUAUAUGAGUGUGCAUUUGUGACUCUGAUUACACACCUUUGAAUACUU